AUGAGGCUUCCUUCUUCUUUUUACAUUCUGCUUCUGUCUCUGCUUUCUGCAACUCUCCAUUGUUUCUGCCAACAAGAAUACCUUAACAACACAGUCUAUGACUGCAAUUUCAACCUCACAGCAAAAGCAGGAUAUGUCUGCAAUGGCCUCCAAAAGUCAUGCACUUCCUUUGUAACUUUCAGAUCAAGGCCUCCAUACGAUACUCCUCAAAGCAUCGCCAAUCUUCUUAGCUCAGAAGCAAGUUCCAUAGCCUCCAUCAACAACAUCUCAAGCAAUAACAUAAACAGCAAUAUUCCUUCCAAUCGGACUGUGAUUGUUCCUGUGUAUUGUUCAUGUUCAGGCAAUAUCUACCAGCAUGCCACUUCUUAUGAGAUGAAAAAAGGAGACUACUACUUCAAAUUGGCCAACAAGACUUAUCAAGGCCUUGUCAAUUGCCAGAUGCUAGUACGUCAGAAUUAUUACCUUCCUGUCAAUAUCAGUAUUGGAGCUCAAGUUUCAGUUCCAGUGCUGUGUGCUUGUCCCACAGAGAGACAGAUCUCAGAUGGGGUCUCUUCCUUGCUGGUUCAUACCCUUGAUUAUGGGGAUACGCUUGAAUCAGUUGCAGAGUCCUAUGGUGUGGAUCAACACAGUUUGAUAACUGCUAAUGAGUUGCCUUCAAAUGCCACUAUCUCUGCUUUGACACCUAUUUUAGUUCCACUUAAGCCUUCUUCCUGUAAACUCAAUCCACAUAUAUUCUACUGCUCCUGUUCAUUCUUUCAGCUUUACCUUUCAAAUUCAAGUUUCAAACCUCCCAAUUGUGGUCAUCUUCAACCACAUGCAAACCGUUUCCCUGUAAGAUUGGUUGCUUCCAUAGGUGUUGGUACUGGUGCCAUCUUUUUGUGCUUAUUUCUUUUGGGCUACAAGUCACAUCAAUGCAUAAAACGAAAGCAAGAAAGAGUUCGUAAGGAAAAGUUGUUUAGGCAAAAUGGUGGCCUUCUGCUGGAAGAAAAGAUGUCAAAUUAUGGAAAUAGAGAAAUUGCAAAACUUUUUACAGCAGAAGAACUGGAACGAGCAACAGAUAACUAUAAUCAAAGUAGGUUUCUUGGUCAAGGUGGGUAUGGAACCGUUUAUAAAGGAAUGCUACCAGAUGGUACCAUUGUUGCAGUUAAGAAGUCCAGAGACAUUGCAAGAAACCAGAUUGAAUCUUUUGUUAAUGAAGUGGUGAUUCUAUCCCAAAUAAACCACAGGAACAUUGUUAAACUCCUAGGUUGUUGCCUAGAGACUGAAGACCCAUUAUUAGUUUAUGAGUUUAUUCCCAAUCGAACACUUUCUCACCACAUCCAUAACGAGGAGCUUAAAUCAAAACUUUCCUGGGACAACCGCUUUAGAAUCGCUUGUGAGGUUGCCGGGGCAGUGGCGUAUAUGCAUUUUGCAGCUUCCAUUCCCAUCUUCCAUAGAGACAUCAAAGCUUCCAACAUACUCCUGGAUCAUAAUUACAACUCUAAAGUCUCUGAUUUUGGGUCUUCCAGAUCCGUUCCGCAUGAUAGGACUCACUUAACCACAGCAGUACAAGGCACUUUUGGGUACCUUGAUCCUGUAUACUUCCAAUCAAGCCAAUUCACUGAUAAAAGUGAUGUAUAUAGUUUUGGGGUUGUACUUGUAGAGCUCAUUACUGGAAGAAAACCCUUCUUGGAACAAGCUGAGGGUCAAAAUCUUGUUGCAGAAUUCAUUUCUUUGAUGAAGAAGGACCAAGUUUUCAAGAUUUUAGACGCCAGGGUUGUUCAUGAAGGAGGGAAAGAUGACAUUCUUGGCAUUGCAAAUCUUGCAAUGAGAUGCUUGAGACUGAAUAGAAACAAGAGACCCACAAUGAGAGAGGUUUCAACAGAGCUAGAAGCACUGAGAAAAACACAAAAUGCCUUAGAGAUCACUGAAUGCUCUCAUGAGUUUCCAGAUGAUAAGGACACCAUCUCUUCUUUCGAAACAAUCCAAGAAUCCACAGAAGAAAGCAUGUCAUUAUUUCUCGGAAUGGAUUCCACAUCCAUCCGAAAGUGAACCAGACACCUGCAACAUUCUUUCUUUUUUUGCAUACAUGGGGUCCAUAUCCUUAGAUCAGGAUUGCGCCAUUGGCAAACUUCAAGAAGGUGCAGCAAGAAAGAACAGGCAGGAAAGUCAGUCGCUUUGGUACCAUCACAUUACAAAAGCAUGCAGAACAGGAAGAUUGCUGAUGCGAGAACAGCUAGAGCUGUUCGAUGGAAGGACGCAUGAUCUUCUCGCAUUGAGAUGAUUGACACUAGAAGGGAACAAGAGACACACAGUGAGAGAGGUUUCAGCAGAGCCAGAAGCACUGAGAAAGACAAAAUACAUUAAGGAUCAUUGAACGUUUUCUUGAGUUUUCACAUGACAGAAAAUCGGUUAAGCAUGGCAAUCCUUUCAAAUCAGAUAAAGAACCCAAAGAAGAAAAUACAUCAUCGUUUGAUCCGCCUGAAAGUGAAGCAGAUACUCACAACACAGAGACAUGAAGGUUGGUUGUUUUGAUACCGUCACAUUACAAAAGCAUGCAGAACAGGGAGAUAGUAAAUUAGAAAAACAUAAGCUUUUAUUUCAAUGCUUUAAUGUAGAGGACAUUCUCAGAUUCAGAUAUGUAGUUCACAGUCUCAACUAAUUCCACUUUUCCAAUGCUGUGCUUGACUCGUGAAUCAA